AUCCGCCACUUUAAAACAGCUCUUGUUGAUUGUUGAUCAAGCUUUGAGCCAACCCCCAUGGCUUCAUCGUCGUAUUUUCACGGAUUAGGCGACGAGGUCAUCCUCGGGGUCCUUUUGGGUGGGCUUAUCCUUUGGUUGGCCUACAAGUGCUUCAAAUGGUUUUCAUCUCAGCCGACUGAAGCCAACCAGCGUGCCAAUCCAACGACUGCCAACGCAACGGCCAACAUGGCUUAUCAUGGCCGUUUACGCUCCGAUGAUUACGAGUGUUCCAUUUGUCUUGGAGACAUUUUUUUGGCUGUGGAAACCAAUUGUGGACACACGUUUUGCGGGACCUGUGCCUUCGCCUUCUACGAUUUUGCUGUGACAGGCCCAUUAACGCCACCCAAUUGUCCAAUGUGUCGCCAACGGAUUACUCUGUUUCUGCCUUAUUUUUCGCAAAGCGAGAGAGACUCGAUUGAACUGAAUGUAGUCACUCAACGGGUCACGAUCAUGGACAAAAUUUGCCAAUUCAAUCACAGAUUCUCCGGUUCGUCCCGCUCGUAUCUUGAGAUAUUGAAGGAUUUGCCCAUGUUGGUUCGCCAUCUUUGGGCCCGAUUGUUGGACGGUGAAGGCCUCGACCUGUUUUUUCGAGCCCGAGCAGGCAUUUAUUUGGUGAUCACCAUCCUCUACGUCGUGAUGCCCUUGGAUAUCCUGCCCGAGGCCGCUCUCGGAGUGGUGGGUCUCUUGGAUGAUAUUUUGUUCUCCCUGAUGGUCUUGGUCUCGCUCACCAACCAAUUUAGAACCAUCCUGGGUCACGGCGAAUGAUCGGCGUGGCCGGGUCGUGGCCGGGCUUUCCCGAAUUUCGUAACUUGUGAUAUCCGACAAUUCAUAGCUGAGAAUCGCCCCCAUUCGUAAGUCAAAUGCAGUUUUCCCCCUAGAAAGUGUGCUGGCCGACCAGGCAAAUAUAAAUAAAGAAGUAAAGCGAUA